GCGGCGGGGGCGUGCCCGAGGCGGGCGGCCGCGGCGCGGGGUGCGCUCCUCGUGCUCGGCGUUGAGCCCCCCGCCGCCGCCGCAGCGCUCGUCCGGGCCCUGCCCGGCCCCCGGGCGCGCCCCGCAAGGCUCCUGCUGGUGUCCCUGGAGCAUGGGAGGCUGCUGAGCUGGAGGGACGCCGUCCGGCAGGAGGCAGGAGUGUGUGUCUCCACCCACGGCAGUGAGGGCGUCCAUGGCUGCAGCCAACAAGGGCAACAAGGCCCGAGUCCGGAGUAUCCGCUUCGCAGCAGGCCAUGAUGCGGAAGGCUCCCAGAGCCAUGUCCACUUUGAUGAGAAGCUGCAUGACUCAGUGGUCAUGGUCACCCAGGAGAGUGACAGCAGCUUCCUGGUCAAGGUUGGCUUCCUGAAGAUCCUGCACAGGUACGAGAUCACCUUUACCCUGCCCCCAGUGCACAGGCUAAGCAAGGAUGUUGGCGAGGCACCUAUGUCCAGCUUGCACCUCCGGCUGCUCAGCGUUCUGCCUGUCCCAGAAGGUUACAGUGUCAAGUGUGAAUACUCGGCACACAAGGAGGGCGUGCUCAAGGAGGAGAUGCUGCUGGCCUGCGAAGGAGGGGCCGGCAUCUACGUGCGAGUGACGGUACAGGCACGAGUCAUGGACCGGCACCACGGCACGCCCAUGCUGCUGGACGGUGUCAAAUGCGUGGGCGCUGAGCUUGAAUACGACUCAGAACACAGUGACUGGCAUGGCUUCGACUGACGCCCCGGCCCUGUCCUCUCGGGGCCUUCCGCCUUAACCCCACCUCGGCUCCCAACAUGCUGCGCAGUGGUGUGGCGUCCUUCCUCCUCCCCAGGAUGGGCAUGGGGGUGAGGGGGUGGAGCAUCCAGGGGCCUCCGAUGCCAGGCCUUGCCCACACUGCUCACCUCUGCCUUCUUCUGUGCCACCACCCUGCCUCUCCCAUGACCUCCUGUCCCACUUCCUCCAUGUGCCUCAGUCUCCUGCCAGAAGCAUUGGGUUGAGCCCCCAUGGGAGGCUAUCUGAGGAGGGAAGUGGGGGCCUGGGGUGGGUCCUACCCAUUCCCCAACCCAGCCAGGGUCUGGGUUAAAGACGGAGCUGGCUCUGUGACAUGGCCCCACCGCUGCUGCUGCUGCCACCACCUCGCUUCAGCCACCUUCGCUACUCUCUCCCCCGUGCUGCCCGGGUGAGGAGGAGGGAGGUGCAGACUCCAACCCCACCCCUCAGGUCUGUGCUAUUUGAUUUUUAAAUGACUGGUUGGGAUAGAACUGUAAAGAAAUAAAACUUCCAGUGGAUACCAGA